GACCGGUAUGAGAGAGGUUGGUUUGGACUAGAGAAAGAAGGAUUUGUAAAGCUGAGGACAUGUGUUUUGGAAGGUGUGCUAGGUGUGUUGGUUAUAAGUUGCUCAUCCUUGCCUUGCUCAGCAUCGUGGCCAACAUUUUACUUUAUUUUCCUAAUGGUGAAACAAGAUUUGCUUCGGAGCAUCAUCUCGGCAAAUACGUGGAGUGCCUUCAUGGCAUUCUAGGUGGAGGCUUUUUGGUGCUCAUUCCAGCUGCAGUAUUCAUUGGGCUCCACAAUGACGACUGCUGUGGGUGCUUCGGCCAUGAGGACUGUGGGAAAGGCUGUGCGAUGCUGUCCUCGGUUCUGGCAGCCCUUGUUGGGAUCCUCGGUUCUGGAUACUGUAUAAUCAUUUCAGCGCUGGGCUUGUCUCAUGGGCCAUAUUGUUUUACUCACCUAGAAAGAAACUGGAUCUAUCCUUUCACUGACUCCUCUGGAGGGUACUUGUUUGAGUAUAACAAGUGGUCUGAAUGUCAGGAACCUCAGAACAUCGUGCAGUGGAACGUCACCCUCUUUUCCAUCCUCCUUGUCUUGGGAGGAAUAGAGUUCAUUCUGUGCUUCAUACAGAUAAUCAAUGGCAUUCUUGGAGGACUCUGUGGGUUGUGCUGCAGCCACGAGGAGACGUAUGCUUGCUAG